UCUUCGUCGAUCGUGAAACAACCGACACAGGUGGUACCCGUCCAGCAUCAUACCUACGGUCGAUCUCCCAGGACCACCCCCGUUGCAGACUCAGAUCGCUGAUCGCGAUCCGAUCGCCCCUCCUGGAUCCUCCAGACAUUGCCGGUGGCCUGUCUGGCAGUCGAUACUGGACCCUUGGAUCUGACUCGGUCGCCUUCUCAGGACAUCUGUCCAGCACCUUGGCCACGCCCUCUCCAGUGGUAGUGGGUGAUUUAUUUCCUUCCUCGAGCUUCUCACGCGAGACAUCCGCCAACCUGGCUGCCCUCGCGAUCCCCCCUCCAGGCAUGGGGACGGCGCUCGAUGCGCUGAACCACCAGCCGUUGAACUCGCGUCGUCCUGCGGCCCCGACUUUACCCAGCUUUGAGCUUCCUGCACCCAACUUUCAGACCAGCGUCAAGUACGCCCAUCACAAUCCUCCGCCCAUCAACCCCAGCGUCAGCAACCUCCUUACACCACCAGCAACCACCCAAUCUGGCGAAACUCUUCCUGCUACGACCUCGCACACAGCCACCACCACGGCACCCACAAAUCCGGAGUUGGCACCGUACUGGCAAAGCCAGAGCGCAUACCAGAGUGGGUCAGGGGCAGCAGCCGCCCGUCAGUCGUGGAACUCAAGUGUGGUGUCCUAUCCAAGUCGAGACACCUUCUCCCCGUCGGUGAACUCCCUGAAUCGCAAUCCUGCCACGUCGACUCCAGGCACCGAGCAUAUCACCCAGCCAUACGAGAUGAAUCAUUUGCCUCCGUUUCACCAAUCUGCCUCGGUCUCCUCUACUGCACCUGUUCAGGCGGGUGCUCCUCAACAACAUCAUGCCAUGACACACGCAAUGUUGUCAGCACACAACCCGUUGCCUAAUCCAGCGCCGUCGCCGCAUCCCCUUCCUUCGAACGACCCCUACAUGGUCAAAUCAUCGUCUGCCCCAGCGUAUGGCACUAUCCAGCAACUGGCCAGCCCGCCGGGCGGCUAUUCGCCGUACGGACAACAGGGAAUCGUGCCCAAUCGGGUGGCAUCAAAUCCGCACCCCUCGCACCACUUGAAUUAUCAACGGCAGCCAUGGCCGUCAUAUUCGCUUCCGGCGAUGAACGGACCCAUCUGGACGAAUGUGCACAAUCCGAACGGGCAGAUGUCACUUACCGGAAACCUGCAGUCCGGGGUGCUGCCUGGAUUGCCUGGGUACAACAGUGGGCACGUGGCCAAUAUGCAGCAGAUGCAGCAGUUGUAUGGGGGUCACCCACCCCAUCCAGGUCACGGCGCUCCCGGACCCACCAACGACCGACCGUUCAAGUGUGACCAGUGUCCACAAAGCUUCAACCGCAACCAUGACUUGAAGCGGCAUAAGCGAAUUCACCUCUCGGUGAAGCCGUUCCCGUGCACCCACUGUGACAAGAGCUUUUCGCGCAAGGACGCGCUAAAGCGACACAUCCUUGUGAAAGGCUGCGGAAAAGACGGCUCUGAUGGCCUGAAGCCAGGGGAGCACGGAGUGAAGGAGGAGGAUCGAAGUGACGAAUCGAAUGGACAGCACUGAGACAGGGAUUGGCGUUUAUCGCAUGUUCAGGAGUUGAUGGAGGGUCGUUAUUGUAUUUGAUUGACCAGCUACUCUGGACGGCGAGUUUGUAUUGACUGUGACUUAUUUCUGACGGGACAGGUUGGGACCGGAUUGUUGAUUGUUUGCUUGUUCGGGAUGGCAUCAGCGUCGGGCAGCCUGAUUCAUGUAUACGUAUGUAAGUAGAGGCGUUGGCCAGCGUGUAUGGAUUGAUUCGUUUGU